AUGUCUGAGGAGGAAAGUAAGGUUGUUGAGGAACUUUUUAAAGAUGUCAAAUUCUACGUGGUUGGGGACAUUGACCCAAAGGUGGUGCAGCUGUUAAAAGACGGAAAAGGCAAAGAGGUCUCCUACAAUGCUCUGGCCACUCAUAUUAUCGCUGAGGAUGGGGACAACCCUGAAGUGGGGGAAUCCCGGGAAGUUUUCGAUCUGCCUGUGGUAAAGCCAUCCUGGGUGAUCCUCUCGGUCCGGUGCGGAGACCUGUUACCAGUCACAGGGUUCUCUCCAGAAUCUGGACAGAUUUUCUUUGGAGUGACGGCCUGUCUUCCUCGUCUACCAGAUGACCUCAAUGCAUUGUGGGCAUAUAUCACCUUUUAUGGUGGAGAAUGUCAGCUGAACCUUAACAAAAAAGUCACACACUUGGUGGUGAAUGAACCAAAAGGGGCCAAGUAUGAAUGUGCCCUGAAACAUCCCGGUAUUAAGAUUGUCACUCCUGACUGGAUAACAGAUUCUGUCAAAGCAAAAAGCAGGAAUGACGAAGCGCUCUAUCACCCCCGACUCACCUACGUAGAGCCGGAAGAAGUGGACGAGAGCGAACCGGAAUCUUACGACCAGCGUUCCCGCUCGGACGGAAGCUACAGCCCGCGGCGUUCGCGAAUGUCUAGCGGCGCCUCGUCUGAAGAGUCCAGCCCCCGGAGACGACCCGGCCCCAAAAAACUGAACUCGGUCUCUCCGUCGUCCCCGCGGAAAAUCGAACGUCGCAGCGAGCGCAUGUUCGAUGACUCGGACGACGACUCGUCCACGGAGAAGGAGGGAACCAAUCUCAACUGGACUCCCGCCGAAGUGGUGACGCCCACCCCGCCGUUCGCGGGGGGCGUCGCGCGGCGGCGGAGCGGGCCGCCGGGUAGCAAAGACCCCAUUUCCUCAACGGGCGGAGGUUUGAUCAACCUGUGCGCCACCGUGCCUCCCGGCGCCGGAGCUAUCCCGCCAGAAGUCCGCACUGCUGCCGUCAUCGGUCAAAACGCCCAAGGGGGUGCAUCGGUUCCAGAUAGCAUCGCUGGCUGGAGCCAAGCAGCGAGAACACUCCGCAACAUUACCAACAACUCUGACAUGCAGCCCAAUAUUCGACCAACCAAUGUAGCACAUAUUCUCCAUAAUCUGACAGCCAACCAGGGAAAGCCAUUAGAGCCCCAAACAAAUCACAGCCAUCCCCCAACUCCAAACAGCAUCAAUCCUCUUCUGUUCAAUCAGUCCAAAAUGGUCGGCCAACAACUCACUGCCCAGCAGCAGCAGCAGCAGCAAUUAUUACAACAAUCCCAUCAGACGGUCCAACAACAACACCACCAACAGUUACCCCAGCAAGCUCAACACCCCAUGAUGCAGCUCCAACAGCAACAGCAGCAACAUCAGAUGAUGCAGCUACAUCACCAACAGCAACAGCCUCAAGUGGUUCAACAGCAGGGCUUUCCCCAAAUGUCCCAACAGCAUCAGUUCCUCCAACAACAGCAGCAGCAGCAGCAGCAGCAACAACAGCAAAUGCACCAACAGCAAAUGUUCUCACAGCAACAGCAACAUGCCUUCACUCAGCAGCAGCAGCAACAACAACAGCAGCAGCUUCGCCCUCAGCAACUCUUACGUCCCGGCCUACAGCAGCUGCAGCAGCAGCAAGCGCUGCAACAACAGCUCCAGCAAUUCCAGCAACAGCAACGCUUGCAGAUAUUACAACAGCAGCAACAACAGAAUCAGCAGCAAUUACACCAACAGCAUCUACAACAGCAGCAACAACAACAACACUUUCUACAACAACAACAAAUUCAGCAGAUGCAGCAACAGCAACUGCAGAAUCAUCAGCAGCAAGCUAUUCAGCACCACAACCAACAGGCCAUGCAACAGCAACUUCAGCAACAGCAGCAGCAGCAACAGCAACAACAGACUAUUCAGCCGCAGCAACCGCAGCAGCCCGCUCAUAUCUCGCUGUUUGGUCACGAGCCAGGACAAGAAAUUCCACAGGAUGGCUUUAUGCUAGGAUGUGUCUUUGCCAUUGCUGACUACCCAGAACAGAUAGCGGACAAACAACUGCUGGCCUCAUGGAAACGGGUGAUCCAAACCUACGGGGGUGCCGUGGAUCCCACCCUGACCAGUCGCUGUACUCACCUGCUUUGUGAGAGUCAGGUCAGCAACAUGUAUGUGCAGGCCCUCAGAGAGGGGAAACGCUGCAUAACGGUCCACUGGCUCAACACGGUGGUCAAACGCAAGAGAAUGGUGCCUCCUCAUCGAACACUGCAUCUGCCAUUUGCCUUUCCUCCUGGAGCCAAGCCUUGUUCUCAACAUAUCGUAUCUGUGACUGGUUUUGUGGACGCCGACAGGGACGACUUGAAGUUGAUGGCGUACUUGGCCGGUGCCAGAUACACCGGCUACCUGUGCCGGAGCAACACGGUCCUUAUCUGCAAAGAACCCAGCGGGCUAAAGUAUGAGAAGGCGAAAGAGUGGAAGAUUCCAUGUGUAAACGCCCAGUGGAUGUGUGAUAUUCUGUUGGGGAACUUUGAAGCGCUAAGACAAAUUCAGCACAGCAGAUAUUCCAUUUUUACACAUCCUGAGCCUCUGGUACCAAAUCUACAGCUAGUCCAGAACCUGCUUGCUCCUUGGAGGGCACCAAUCAAAAUAUCUCAAGAAGCCUUAGCGAACCUGCAACUUAUCCAGAAACAGAAGCUGGCCGACGCCACGAACCAACCCGUCAAUAAAAAGGCCAGAAUGGAGGACCUCCAGUCCCCCAGUAAGAAGCUUCCACCGGAGUCCACUCCGAUUGUUGUUUUCACAGGGUUUGAGCCCUCUCAGGUUCAGCAAUACACAAAGAGGCUUAAUGCUUUAGGUGGCGAAGUAGCAGAUGGCAGCCUGAAGACGACGCACUUGGUGGCCAGUAAAGUGAAGCGCACUGUCAAAUUUCUCAGCGCGAUGUCUGUGGUAAAACACAUCGUCACCCCGGAUUGGCUGGAAGAAAGCUGGAGGAGCCAGAAAUUCGUCGAUGAGCAGAGCUACGUUCUGAGGGACGCCGAAGCCGAGGUCUUGUUCAGUUUCAGUCUGGAAGAGUCGCUAAAGAAAGCCCACAGCACACCACUUUUCAAGGGCAAGUAUUUCUACCUGACCCCCGGUAUGAGCCCCAGUCUCAGCACCAUGAAGUCCAUCGUGGAAAGCGCCGGAGGGAAGCUGCUCGCCAAACAGCCCUCUUACCGGAAGAUCAUGGAGCACAAACAGAACAAGAAUCUUCCAGAGAUCGUCUUGAUUUCGUGCGAUAACGAUCUCCACCUGUGUAGAGAGUACUUCCUUAAAAACAUCGAUGUCCACAACGCCGAGUUCAUUCUGACCGGAGUCCUCACCCAGAAACUUAACUACGAUUCAUAUCCUUUUAACGCUCGUGCCGUUUCAAACAGUCAGUCACUUGGUUAG